UUCAAGCUCCUUCCCCCGCUGCCCUUUUCCCGUUUUUUGCCUCGUGCAACCCUUCUGAUCUCCUUUUCAUCACCGGAUCAAAACCCUUCCCUCACCCCCAAUAUGUCAGCUGACGAUGGACCCGCUGGUAUGAAGCCCGAUGGCGUUAUCGAGUCCAACUGGGACAAGAUCGCCGAGAGCUUCCUUUCUCCAUCUCGGUGCUGCAAAACAUUGACACCACCAAGCGUGAGUGCCAGGCCCUCAUCCUGGCCCCCACUCGUGAGUUGGCCAACCAGAGCCACAUGGUCAUGAUGGCCCUUGGCGAGUACAUGGGCGCUGAGGUCAUGGCUUGCAUCGGUGGUACCUCGGUUGCCGAGGACAUGCGCCGUCUCGAGACUGGCGUUCAUGCCAUCGUCGGUACCCCCGGUCGUGUUUCGGACCUCAUCUCCCGUCGUGCGCUCAACCCCGACACGAUCAAGAUGUUCGUUCUGGAUGAGGCUGAUGAGAUGCUUUCUCUCGGUUUCAAGGACCAGAUCUACGACAUCUUCCGUCUUCUUCCCUCUGACAUCCAGGCCGUCCUUCUCUCGGCUACCAUGCCCCAGGAGGUCCUGGAGGUGACCGAGAAGUUCAUGCGCGACCCCAUCCGCAUCCUUGUCAAGAAGGAGCAGGUCACCCUUGAUGGUAUCAAGCAGUUCUACGUCAACGUUGAGCGUGAGGACUGGAAGCUUGACACCCUCUGCGAUCUCUACGAGACGCUGACCAUCACCCAGGCGUGCAUCUUCUGCAACACUCGCCGCAAAGUCGAGUGGCUCACCACCGCCAUGCGUGACCGUGACUUCACCGUCUCUGCCAUUCACGGCGAGAUGGAGCAGGCUGAGCGUGACGUCAUCAUGCGCGAGUUCCGCUCGGGCAGCUCUCGCGUCCUGAUCACCACCGAUCUGUUGGCCCGUGGUAUUGAUGUGCACCAGGUUUCCCUGGUCAUCAACUUUGACCUGCCCACCCGCCGUGAGCAGUACAUUCACCGUAUUGGCCGUGGCGGUCGUUUCGGUCGUAAGGGUGUUGCCAUCAACUUUGUCACCGCCGACGACCAGCGCGUCAUGCGCGACAUUGAGUCCUUCUACUCGACUAGCAUCGAGGAGAUGCCCAUGAACAUUGCUGACCUCAUCUAAGCUUGGUGUCCUGUUUAUCCCUUGCGGCGUCCUUGGCCCCUGCAAUCAUCCCUGUGGCUCUUUUGGCCUCGUUUAUUCGUCGUCCUUUCCUUUUUCUUUUACUUGUCGCCGCCGCCAUUGGAUGUCGAGCCUGCUUCCUUUGCUUGUUUCCCUGAUUGCCUGCUUUUUUUAGUUUUGGCUCUUCGCUGGCGUUGAUGUGCGUGUACUUUGCUGCCUUUAGUGCUCGUGGGAUGCCUUUUUUCUUCCCUGAUUCCACUCGUUUCUGCCCUUUCUUCUACUCGCUUAAAACUCGUUGUUUGCAACAGCAACUGCUCCCUCUUUUCUUUUUUCUUUCCAAAAGUUGAAAAAAAUACUUUUG